AUGUCCACUACAGCUCGAAGACGUCUCAUGCGAGACUUCAAGCGCAUGCAACAGGAUCCUCCCCAGGGAGUCAGUGCAUCUCCUGUGGCUGAUAACGUGCUGACAUGGAACGCCGUGAUCAUCGGACCGGCGGAGACCCCGUUUGAAGAUGGCACUUUCCGCAUGGUGCUGCAGUUUGACGAGCAGUACCCCAACAAACCGCCAGCCGUCAAGUUUGUUUCGCAGAUGUUCCACCCCAACGUCUACUCAUCUGGCGAGCUAUGUCUGGACAUUCUGCAAAACCGAUGGUCGCCCACCUAUGACGUGGCAGCGAUUCUGACCUCGGUGCAGUCGCUGCUGAACGACCCCAAUACGUCCAGUCCUGCCAACGUGGAGGCGUCUAUGCUGUACAAGGAUCACCGUCAGCAGUACGAAAAACGGGUGCGGGACACAGUGGAGGCCAGCUGGACCGACUAG